AUGGCGGAUUUUUCGAAGCGGCAGUGGAGGGCCCUGGCGGAGGCGUAUCCCUUUUACCCCUCCGGUGAAGUGAGUGUCGGAAGCACUGCUGAGUAUCGUGCGCUGGAUUGCCAAGCGGCUCUCACUCACAGCGAGAUCUCGGUUCCACCGCUGUCGUCUAGUGAGUACUUUGUGCAGUACGUCGUGCCACGAGUAGCAAAGGUCUUUCCCGAGGAGCUGCAGGCCUACGAAAGGGGUGGCGGCUAUAGCGACCAGCAAGGUAAUACCAACGGCGAUCGACUUGGCCCUGUGUCGCCCUGGUUUGCAAUAGAGGCUGUGGAUGCGCUGCUUGUGUACUUGUUUGGCUGCACCACCUCUGCGCUCUUGCAAAGUUCAUCAACGAAGCAGCGCAGAGCCUUUGCCACCACCUGCUUUGCACCGCUCAUCACACCCCUCUCACGCCGCGAGCAGCAACUACUGGGCCUCUACCACCGUAAGCAGGAGCAGUACACCUACGUAUUGAGCACUCAACGGCAGCUGCUUGCGGCAUCCCAGCUCGCGAUGCGGGCGUUGCAAGGAGCGAGCGGCCCAAUCCUAGCAGACACGCAAACCGAUGUGAGUGCGCCGCAACGGGGAGCUGAGGAGAGUCUGGCUGCCUCCACCCGUGAGGGUCUUGUUUCUGUCGGCAGCCAGAAGGCAUCAUCAUGGCCGCCGCUGGCACAUGCGACGGUCAGCGGCGAGGGCACGUCUGCUCGUAUUCUGCAAGUCUCUUCCUCAUCACGUGCUCCAGCUGCGAGUAGUGUGAAGGGCUGUGAGGCCAAUUCCACCUUCACGAGCGCGCUGGCCAACAUCCCGUAUGAGACAUGCCCACUAGGGACUUCGGCAGCAGCGGCUUUGUUAGUGGAUACUCCAUCAGUGGCCGAGACUUGGAGUGACUCCCCUUUUCGCCACGCCCGUACAGGUGCCGCGUCGCCGUUAAUCACCAUGAGCUGCUGUGCCGGUUGCCACGAGGUGGGCGGCGAUCUUCUCAUCUGCACUCAAUGCGGGGAGGUGCGCCAUGAAGCCUGUGGCGGGCCGCACCCGCCAGAGCCGAGUAAGGUCGACGGAAGGAUGCCUACGGUGAAUGUCUGUAGGCGGUGCGCGAAGGAGCUGAACUUGUCCAGCAGCUCAUCGAGCCUUCGCAGCUCCACCUCCUCUAGCGAGCGGGCGGAGCUGGGCGAGUACUUCUCUGACGACAACGAGGACAGCAGCCUCUCCGGCUUCGUUGUGAACACCAGCGAUGAGGAGGAGGAUGAUCCGAGUACUGAUGACGACAGCAGCAGUGAUGUGGACAGGGCCAGGGACGAUGAGAAACAUGAGCGACAGGUCGAGAAGCACUGGCCAGAGAACGCGUCAUUGCCGUCGUGGAAAGGCCAGCACGCUGGCAAGGACAAGAGAAGGGGGUCAGCGGCUGCUGCCACAGUCGCUCCGUCUGAGGUGAUGUCGGCGUCUUCGUCCUCCUCGGGGUCAUCGCGAAUUUGGAGCCGCUCUGCUUCGCUCGACCGCGCCCUGGCAGUGGCCACAAAGAAAAGGAACAAGAAGCACGGCUCACUCAAGAAGGUGCACACCGAUGAUGGGGAUUAUGGUGUUGGGGGUUCGGCACCGCGGACUGAAGGUCGAAAGGGGCAACGACGGAAGAGGCGCCACGAGAACAGCGAGGGCGAGGAGGACCGGCGCCGCCAGCACAAACGGAAGGACCCCGAUGAUGACGCCAGUGAUGCCUCUUCCUCGGUGCGGGGCGCAUCCUCCGUCUCGUUAUCUUUGUCGACCGAGAAGGUGCGAUGUCUGAAGGCCGGAGGAAAGACGGCAUCUUCGUACUCGCACACCAGCGCGCAGACUCCACCGUCACCACUGCGGAAGGAACACUCAAGGUGGGUGGCUCCCCCUGCUAAUAGGGAGGGGAGGACACACUCGCCUGCAAACCGCCGCUCAGCAGAGGCGUUGUUGGCUCAGCCGUGUCGUGUAAUGGCUCUGGAGGACGAGGAAGAGCUCAGAACGCUCGGCAUCGCCGCAUCUUCUGGAUCCGGGUCGCUGUUGCAACCACCACUGCCGUCGUCGAAGCAGCGCCAUGGUGACAUCGUUAAUAGAAGUUCUGGCCGAAAAAGCGUUAUGAACAUUGCGUCCUCUUCGUCCUCCGGCGACGACGGCGAGUGA